UGCUUUUUUUUUAUUUAUUCCUACGUGAGCAGACCCAGUACACUUCUGGCAUAUAAACAGUGAAAAUUACAACAUAAACGAUUACUUAUUCCUGCUUUUGGAGUAACAUUUGUGCUACUCAGAGUUUUGGCUAUCUGUAGGAGUCUAAAAGGAGAUAUUUCCAGCAGGUAAUCACAGAUCUUUCAGAAGGGGGCAGGCUCCCAACUUCUGCCAAGACUAAGGAUGCAACCUAGUGCCUUAUCCAUCAACAAGUUGUGACCAUUGCUAUGAGAAAAAAAUACUUCUAUGUUUUUCUGCAAAGACAGGCUUUUGGAGACCAAAAAUAUUUCUGGAUCUCAUCUUUAUCACUCAGUUCGCCAGACAUCCUUAACCCCAUAGUUCUGUGAACAAGAUCAAGGAAUAUACUUAAAUAAUUUGCUUCCAGUUAAUCCUGUUGGAUGCGUUACUUUCAUUUGGACACAACUCUCUGGCUUCUGUUCAGCUACUUAAGAUUAGUUUCAAGAGUAACAGUGAGAAUAUGGGACAACAAGAAGAAAAACCCCUAAAGGAAAAGUCUCAGUUUAUUAUUAAAGGAUAUGUUCUUCCAGCAAAACUAUGCAUCAGGGAGGCAAAUGCCCUAAACUGCUAUUAUGCUUGUUAUUUAUAUUCUAUGCAAAGACAAAAUAUCUGGGAUCAGAUAUUUAAGUUGUAAGUUUACUAUUUAAGUCAUAAAAUAAUAUUUUAAUAGAGUAAAAGAGUAAUAAAAAAAACCCUAACACCAGGAAUUGCUAACGAAAAUAUACAUGGCAAGUCCAUAUAAAAUGAAGAGUUAGGUUUUCACCUAAUAACAAUAGAAUCUGUGGCCUCAAGCCAAAUGUUGCUCAAAUGACCAAAUGAAAUGGGUCGCAAAGAAACACAUUAUCUGCCUACACUAAAUUGCGACUCAAUGGCUCAGCAAGGCAUCAAAGUGCGCCCUGUGCUGCUGAAGCGGAACAGUCUGGAUUCAGUGGAUUUUCGGAGGCAGCCCCACCAUCGCAGGAGCAAAUCUCAACAAGUCCGAUUCAAAGAUGAUGGAACAGACAACCCACCUGUGGCAGAAUCGGAACUGGAGACAGGAGCUGCUCAAGACCUGUGUGAACUGGGUAAAACACAAACGUCCCUAGUCAGUGGUUCCCCCUUUCUAACUCCCUCUCACAAAGGAUUACAAAACAUUGCCAUACAGACUUCUCCCAGCCUCAGGAAGCACUUUCCGGUAUUUAAAAAGAAAAAAAUCACAACAAGCAAGUCCUUAACAGAAAUGCCGAAUGAAUCUGAAUAUUCCAUUCAAGUCAAUGGCAAUCUUUCUGAGCAGGACAUAAUCUCGUCCGGUCUCUCUUACCUAAGUAUCACGCAGCAUUUAGAUGAUGGACCAAGAGCGGCCAAUCGGCUGUUUCAGAGGGUGCCUAAAGCACAAAGCAACGGGCCUGUCCAUUUGGUUUCGGAUAAAAUUACAAUAGUGGAAAAGGCAACUGUUUCUACCCAGGCCCCUGAAUACACACACCUGGGUUCUGCACAAGAUAAUUUUUCCAUUUAUGGCCCGCACACACAAAUGGAAAUCAGCAGCCCAGUUCAUUCUUCUACAGCUGUCAGACAAUCCAAUGAGAACUGUUCCGUGCACAAGGGCUCAGAGAAAUCUCUCCCCUGCUUAAAUAGUAACUGGAAUGAAGCCAGUGCGGAUCAUAGUUCCUAUGAAGAAAAAAACUAUACUGAGCUACUCGCAUUUAAGGAUGACACUAGCACUAAGGAAACCAUUCUGUCAUCGCCUCAGCUACACCACAGUUCAUUAUGCUGCUCCCUCCAAGAACAUCAGCAGCCAAUUCAGCAGAAAACAGACUCUGACCAUAAGACAUUGACUAAUGAUAUACAAACAACAUCAUUCACUAACAACAAUGCAUCACCGUCUGUUCCCUCAUGUCAAACUGUAACAGAGAACGUUUCUACCAAUACCGAAGUGCCACAGUAUGACAACUGCUUAGAAGGCUUUCACAUAAAUGCCUAUCUUCCAGGGGCUGAAAUAAAACCACACAACAAAGAGAUUAAAGAAAUUAAUCAAAUUCACUUGGCGCACAGCGAGCUGUGUGCCCUGCAAGACAGGCUCCAGUCCGUUGAGGAAUCUCUGCAGUCGAACCAGGAGAAGAUUAAAGUCCUUUUGAAUGUAAUUCAAGAUAUGGAAAAGGCCAGAGCCCUCAAUGAAGGGCGGAACUUCUACCGCACUGGCCAAGAUCUCAACAACUGCAGCACUUGCCAGAACACGGCAUGUAUCAUUUACAGUGUAGAAUAUGACUUCAGGCAACAGGAAGGCAGGUUUCACCAGGUUCUGAAAACACUGGAUGAAGUAGAAGAAUGCCCUCCUGUAGUGGCUCUACAAAGGCAACCAUCUGAUCAUCCAGUCACUGAGAAACAGGAAAUAAGAAGAAAGUCAAAGAAAAAGAAAUGCUUCUGGUGGAUUUGAAAGCCUUAAGAACUGGGUAUGGGUAUGGGCUGGUCCAGCUGUAUGGACUUCAAAUAUGAACAACCCUUCCUUCACAUACUCUGAUUUGUUCCUUCACUCCCUGGUUUGUGUGCCAUGAUGCUCAUUCAGACAAACCAUGGUCUGGAUGCAACAUCUGAACUGGGUCUAAAUCACUAAGAUCUGAAGGGGGAAGUGGUGCUUGUAAGUCAGGGCUGUGUCUACUUUAAUAUACAUAAAAAGCUCAGUCUCAAAAAAGACCGGAACAAGAUAGUUAGAGAUCCAGCUAAACUUGGUAUUUCAUAUUAAAAUUCUGAAAUGAAUGGAACAUUGGUUUUCUUUCUGAAUCUGACACUCUUAGCAAUUCCAUCACAUGACUAUAACUUGGGCAUGAUGGAAUCAUUUGGGUCCCCCAUUCCUUGUUUUGGUUAGCUUGAAUCAGAAUUUCUGAAGCUGCCAGAUUUUGGGUUUCAGAUUUUAUAGCUUAUUUUCCCUGACAAACUCCUUUAUAGCAACUCUGUAUUAAUUGUACCAAAGUGCACCUAACAUCCUUCACAUUGUAGAAAGGUGUUCCUUCUAAAGAAAGCCUAGCAGUCAGCAUAAAUGCUGAUGUAGGAAAAUGUUGAGAACCAGAUUUUUCCAGAUCUUUCAUACAAUAAAAUAUUUAACUAUAAUUCAGGAAAACACCCUGUGACUGUUAUAUUCCAUUUUAAUCACAGCACACAAAUAAGAUAUUUUUUUUAAGCUCUGCACUACUCAAAGUAACUUUGAACUAGGGGGAAAAUUACUUCUUCUGAAACAACAAAUGAUGGCUUGGAUCUUAAAAAUAAGUUAAGGAAGUUCAGAGAAGGAAAAUUUGCUGUCUCCUCCUCCUCUUCCCUGCACAGUUUCUCUGAAUGUCUGGGGAACCCUCCUGAGCAAUGGGGGAUAGGCACAGGGGGCUGCUCAGGAAAAGGAGAAAUGUCCAGAAUUGGGCAUGCUCCCUUCCCCUGGGAAACCCUGAGCCCCAUACAUAGUGGAUCUGGAACCCCCUCUCUCUGGGAAGGCUUUUCAGGAGGUACAGCCAUCUGCAGUAGGGGAGGCAAGAAUGAAGAACUCUUUGUCUAUAAUCUUCAUUACACUGACUGAUUGAUCAAAGGAUCCAGGCCAAAGCACUUCCUGUCCAGGGGACUUGUAGUUUAAACAAAUAGAUAAGACUUAUCUUUGAUAAGUCAUGACAGCACAAAAGGUUAACUUAGGCAGAAAUAUUUAUAACCUAGCCUAUCUUAAUGGGUUGAGGCACACAUAACAUUGCACAGUGUUGGGUUGUAAAUCAGUUCCUGAAAACAUAGCUGUGUGGAACACUGAUAGAAGAAAAGAAAAACACUAAGGCAUGUCCUCCCUUUUCUCCCUGUGUGGUUGCUCCUAGGUGCACAUUCCUGGAGGCUGCUGGCACUGGCAUGGAGACUCUCCAUGUGCUUGGUCCAAUCCAUGUGGUAAGUGCCAAUGUUAUAGCUCCUGUCACCAGAGGGAAACAUUUUUCAGUGGCUUCUAAAAAGAGCAGGAGUUCCUUGAAUGCUGGGAGUCAGGAAAGGAACAGAUCACUGGAUACCUCUCUGUGAACUGCAGGAUAGCUUCACAUUGUUGAUAACAGAUAAUGCUGCACAUGACCAGCUAAGAGCUGGCAGAGGAGGAUUUUUCAUUUUCGUGGCUACAGAAGUAAGUUUCUGUGAUGCUAAGAGAGACAAAUGAGACCCAAAUCAAGUUUUCUAAGAUGUGUUUCUUAGAUCACACUAAGAUUUUAAAGCUAAAAUGUUACUUUCCACCAUUUGGAAUAAACAAUUCCAGAAGAAUAUUGCACCAUCAUUUAGCAUGCCUGUCAGAUAUAAACUGAGAGCUACAUUUUAAAAGGAUAAUGGACUUAUAUGAAUUACAAGCACCAAAUAUAUCAGUUAUCUGCAGCCAUGAGAUCCAUGUUACUGAUGUGCCUUUAGUUUACCCACCCUUGUGUUGCAGCAUCCUUUAAAGAUGGACCACAGAUGCCAAGUUCAGAUGUUAACCUGAGCACGUUUUUCAACAUUACCACCACAUCUCCCUUUAUGGAAACACUGGAAUGUGUUCUUCCAUCAAUCUAUCCCACAGCAUUACAGCAACAUUCUGAUAUAUGGACAACUAGUUGCAGGGACUUCCAGGAUCUGCAGCAACCUAUGUUCAAGGUGACAGACUGAGCAUCCACAGCUGACCAGUUCACAUGUUAUUAAUGUGAAGACGGGUGUCCUGAUCCAGCAGAGAUAAGCAACAUGCAGAAGAAAGUUCCACAUCAGCAUUCAAUCACAGGCCUGGUCUUAUCAUUUGUCAGACUGAGACAGAUGAGUUUGAGUGUCAUGAAAUAGCAGGAAAUGGUUUGUUUAUUCACAAUUAAUUUAUUAUUAGUAUAUUUUUACUUCCAAGUACAGUGGCCAGUUCUUGUGGGGUUUUAUGGCUCAGUGCCAAAAUAACAUGACUGGUUUAGGCACUAUGUACCUUGGGGAGGGGGUGCAACUUAUAGCAGUUCAAACCCAGCACCUACAGUUAUCUAUGGGGUGGUACAUGCUGAAUGAAGUCAAUGUACACAGCCUGUUGCAAAUGUUUGGUGUCAUGGGCUCUGAAAUUGUCACCUUUUUCUGGAAGGGAGAGGCUCAGAAUUCAGGCUUGACCUUUCCUCUGAUAUGUGCUGUGUGAGCAGGUAUUUCAACCAUCUGUUAACAGUACAGACAGCAUCAUCAUACCUUGCUUAUGAGUUUCCAAAGGCACCUUGCUGGUCAAGCUGAAAGCAGAAUCAUAGAAAAGACUGUUUUGAUCUGAUCCACCAAGACCCUUCUUCGGCUCUUGCUUUGAACAUGUGUUAUUUGGAUUUAGGAGGAAAUCUGCAUCAGGAAAAGGAUGGUGCUCACAAACACAUACCCCCCUUGUUAUUUAGAUUUUUGAUGCAACAUUACAAAUAAGUAAAAUUUAUUGACAGUUCACACUAUGCUCAUAUUUCAGCAUUGAGAAUUAGAUUACAUAUAUUUAAAAGUCUUUAUUUAAAAACUAUGUUAGAAAGUAUUGUGUAUGAUGACAGUCUACACCUCUGGAAUGCCUUCCAGAAGGGUUUCCUUUGUAUGUACCUGCAAGCUGGGGAUAGCUUUCAGUAACACUAACUGUAUACAGAAAAUACAUGACGUGCUGCCAUUUUUUUUAAAAAAAAGUGAAAUGAGGUACUUAAGUGAGAAUGUUUGUAAAAUACUGUAUAGCACAUAUUACAUAUUCUUAAACUACUGUACUUGAAAUUACUCUGCUUUGCAGAGGAAAGUGAACUUUUGGAAGAAAAAUUUAAGAAUACCACAGUCAAUCUUCUAUGAACAGUAUCUUAAUUAAAGGUUUGUGUAUUCCUACAGUAUAAUAAAUACCUAUUCUCCUACCCACAGUGACAACUCUUGGAAAAUAAGCAGGCUCCAAUACAGAUUACUUUCCUGAUAAAAUGUAUUAAUCAAAUAUACUAUUUUGUAUAUUUCUAGAUUCUUUUAUUGGCAUAAUAUCUUUUGCAAUAAAUGGACAUAUUUUUUCUG